ACAUUUUAUACAGAAACCCAUAAUCUACAGAUCUGUUGACCACAAAAAAAUUAAACGAAAAAACAAUUAUUUUACACAUUCCACCACGCCACCAUCGCCACCAUCGCCAAACCCAACUGAUCCUUCAGAAAUGAACGCCGCUGGACCUGACACCGAGAUGGAGGAUGCCUCCACCGCCGCCGCUUCAGCAGCGCCUCCACCGCCUUCUUCUGACCCUCACCAACCUCCUCCUCCGGCCGGAGGCAUGGAGAAUAUUCCGGCAACGCUAAGUCACGGCGGACGGUUCAUACAAUACAAUAUCUUUGGCAACAUAUUCGAAGUCACCGCUAAAUAUAAGCCUCCUAUUAUGCCUAUCGGUAAAGGCGCAUACGGCAUCGUUUGCUCUGCGUUGAAUUCGGAGACGGCAGAGCAUGUAGCAAUAAAGAAGAUAGCGAAUGCAUUUGAUAAUAAAAUCGAUGCUAAAAGGACUCUUCGUGAGAUCAAAUUGCUCCGUCAUAUGGAUCAUGAAAACGUUGUUGCAAUCAGGGAUAUAAUCCCCCCACCCAAGAGAGAAUUGUUCAAUGACGUUUAUAUCGCUUAUGAGCUAAUGGACACUGAUCUCCAUCAGAUCAUUCGUUCGAAUCAAGCAUUAUCAGAGGAGCACUGCCAGUAUUUUCUGUAUCAAAUUCUCCGAGGAUUGAAAUAUAUACAUUCCGCAAAUGUUCUGCAUAGAGAUUUAAAACCAAGCAAUCUUCUCUUAAAUGCAAAUUGUGACCUGAAGAUAUGUGACUUUGGUCUAGCUCGUGUUACCUCAGAAACUGAUUUCAUGACAGAAUAUGUUGUUACAAGAUGGUAUCGUGCACCAGAGCUGCUGUUAAACUCUUCAGAUUACACUGCAGCUAUUGAUGUAUGGUCAGUAGGUUGCAUUUUCAUGGAGUUGAUGGAUCGGAAGCCCCUAUUUCCAGGCAGAGAUCAUGUGCAUCAGCUUCGUUUACUUAUGGAGCUAAUUGGCACUCCAUCAGAGGCAGAGUUGGGAUUUUUGAAUGAAAAUGCCAAGAGAUACAUUAGACAACUUCCUCUUUAUCGCCGACAAUCUUUCACUGAUAAGUUUCCAAAUGUCCACCCAGCAGCUAUUGAUCUUGUCGAAAAGAUGUUAACAUUUGAUCCCAGAUUAAGGAUUACAGUUGAGGAUGCGCUCGCUCAUCCGUAUCUAACUUCACUUCACGACAUAAGUGAUGAGCCAGUCUGCACGACCCCAUUCAGCUUUGACUUUGAGCAGCAUGCUUUGACUGAAGAUCAGAUGAAGGAGCUGAUUUACCGGGAGGCUCUUGCUUUUAACCCAGAGUAUCAGCAGCAAUAGUAAUAAGCACUUACGGUAUAAUACAUUCAUUGUGGCUUUGAUCACUGUGGUUUCCGUUAGUUGGAUGCUUUUCGAAAUUUAUUUCUUCAUGUACAUAUGAUCCACCAAAACUGGGUGGUUCUUGAAUUGAAGUAUUCGAUUAUGGGCUGAGGUCGAGGAUAAGAACUGUUGAAAUGGUGUUUGUAUUGCUUGUCUUGCUUAUUGUUGUGCUCUUUAAUGAAUUUAAUUUCUCCCUC